UCUGGAACAACGUCUUGCUAAUCCACCAAAAAAUGUUGUUGAGAGCCAAUGGAGGGUAUUAGUUGAUGUUUGGGAAAAUGAUGCCAAGAAAAAAGAAAUAAGUGAAAAAAACAAGCAAAACAGAUCAAAACAAAAGAAUCUACAUACCACAGGCUCCAGACCACAUGCAAACUAUGCAGUAGAGGAACUAGGACGACCUCCUAAACGUUGUGAGCUCUAUGGUGUUACCCAUACAAGGAAAAAGAAAACAGAAGAUCCGGACGAAGUAUUAAUCGACCCCGAAGUAGCUGCAAAAAUUAAGCAAAUGGAGGAAGUAGAGUAUCCAGCAAACCUACCAGGUUCUCAUAUUGUGCUACAAGGAAGAAAUGAUUCAUUUGCACACAUCAAGGGACGAGAUAAAGGGGGGCGCGUUCGUUGUCUUGGCAAUGCUGUAAAACCAAAGAAAUACUGGGGUGAGGAAUCAUCAUCUCAAGCUACCAAUGAUCUAAAUGUUGAAAAUGUGAACUUUAGACAACAACUGGAGAUUACUAUUGGGGAUCUUCAAGCUGCAAUGAAGCGUAUAUCUGAAUUGGAAGCACAACUUGCUACACGUGAUGAAACCGGAACUGCCAAUGGACAUCUUCAGGAAGCUUUAAAGAAGAUAGCAGAAUUAGAGGAAGAAGUUGAAAGCCUCAAAAUGGUCCAGGACUUUCGUAUUGGCGAUAUGCUGCGAACCUAAUUUGGAGAGCAAGAAUCAAUGCAUAGAAGGGGGUGGUUCAUACAAGGGUAACUACAUCAACUUACAGGGGGAUUAUAUCUAACAAGUCAAAACAACAUAGGAUAGAUGUUUGUCUUUUUGAAUACAAGUGAAUGUGGCAUUUCUUUUUGGGGUUUCCUGCUUGCAGGUGUGUUUUGAUUUUAUCCCAAUCCUUCACAACCAUUUUGGAUGUGUUCCUUUUUUUUGGUUUA